AUGCCUCCACAAGUCUAUGUCUGGACUCUUGGGCCGUUGGAAAUUCUGUUAUCAUUCUCGUAUUCGUCUAUUGCUGCGAGCCCAGAUGGCCGGAAAUGGUGGUGUCUCCGCGAUUCAACCAAGGAUAUCAAUGCAUCCCCGGUGAUCUAUAACAUCAAGUGA